AUGAGAAGUAUCACACUUCAAGAACUGAAGAAAACAGUAGACCAACAUACAACUAAAAUCGAUGUCAUUCUACAGCGAUCUCGAACUUCGGAGACAACGCCACUGCGUUCCUUUUCUCUGCCUGGCACUAGUGGAUUGCGAAAAGCUCCCCGCAAGCAGUUGGCAACGAAUGCUACCCGUGAAAGUGCCCCAGCCACGGGUGGCGUUAAGACGCCCUAUCGCUACCGACCAGAAACUGUCGCGCUGCGAGAAAUUCGUCACUAUCAGAAGUCGACAGAGCUACUAAUCCGCAAGCUGCCCUUCCAGCGUCUGAUUCGUGAGAUCGUGCAGGACGUCAAAACCGAUCUGCGCUUCCAGAGCUCAGCCAUCAUGGCCCUUCAAGAAGACAGCGAGGCUUACCUGGUUGGUUUGUUCGAGGAUACCAAUCUGUGCGCUACUCAUGCCAAGCGAGUGACCAUCAUGCCGAAAAACAUCCAACUGGCUCGCCGGAUCCGCGGGGAGCGGGCCUAUAUUUGGAGUGUACCCACCCCCGAGAACGAAACAGCAACAAACGGUCCUUUUCAGGACCAACCAAUCAUAUUUUACUAA